AUGUUUGCAAGGGAGCUGAAGUUGUUUCUGGGUGCCCAGUGCAUGAACUGUGGCUGGCAUGAGGUGUGGGUGCUGGUGCAAGCCUGCAAAACCAACAAGGUCGCCAACAUACUGGUUGUUCAUGAGCAUAGAGACACCCCUGUGGGGUUCAUCGUCAGCUACUUGCCCCUCCGCCUCACUGUUUAUUACACACUGAAUGGGAUUAUAUGACAUGAUGUCCCCAACCUGGACACUGUGUCAGAGGCCAAGCCUCACCUCAUCGUAUACGGCUUCUCUCUCCACCUGAGCAAAGGAGAGUCUGACAUAUUCUAGUACCUGUUCCCUGUGCCCAAAGAUGACAAACACCUGGCCAUCACCAUUUCAAACCAAGAUAACUACGUCUCCUUUCAGUAUGUGAUCCACCUGGGCACAGUGGAGCAAGAGACUACGGCAAGCAUGGAAUUCUGGCACCCCUAUACUACCAGCGCACACAAGAGAGUCUUUCUGAGCACGAAGUGA